AUGGAUGCCAAGCCUAAAGCUUCGCAGAACAGUGGAGAAAUUAGCAUGGUAGGAAACAAGAAAGCUUCUGAAGAAGUUAUUGUAACGAUUUCUGAAGAUGAAAAAGAUCCCAAGAAUUUGCGUCCUGAUGCUUCAAAGGAUCAAAGGUCUAAACUUGCUGCUGAUUCACCCGCGAGGGCUUCGAAUGGUUCUCCCAGAAGCACACAGAAAGUGGCUUUUUCGUCCCCUGAAAAUAGCAGCUAUAGUCCGAGUCCCAACAAGCCACCCAAAAUUCCCACAACUGACACCCUCACUAGGAGAAAAACGCUUGCAAGGUCUUUAUAUUCGAAACCGAAAUCGAGGUUUGGAGAACAAUCUGUGCCUGUUGAUGUUAAUGCCAAUGAUGAGGUUCAAGAACAGGUGGAAGCAAGUUCGACUUCGCCUUAUCGAAAUGUAUCUAACCAGGCUUCGCCUAUCAAUGGGACUGUUUCUAGUCGCACUAACUCUGUUAAAGAGACUGUCAGGGCAAUACCGAUAACCCCCAAGACACCAUUGAUGGCGUCACCUGGUUUUGGAGGAGUGGAUGAGGAUGAAGAGAUUUAUAAGAAAGUUAACAUCCGAAAUAAAUUGAGGUACAAAAGAGUCAAAGCUAAAGUUUUGGUUGAGUGGUUUGUGUUUUUAUGCAUUUUGGGAUGUCUCAUUGCUAGCUUGACUGUUCAUAAGUUGAGACAUUGGACAAUGUGGAGUUUGGAGAUUUGGAAGUGGUGUGCUCUCGUGCUGGUGACAGUUAGUGGCUUGUUAUUUACUAAGUGGUUUGUUCUUUUUGUUGUGUUACUGAUUGAAUUGAACUUUUUGUUGAGGAAGAAGGUGUUGUAUUUUGUGUAUGCUUUGAGGAAGAGUGUGCAGGUCUGUCUUUGGUUUGGCGUGGUUCUUGUCACUUGGAUUCUGCUAUUCAGAAAAGAUGUCCAACGAUCACAUCUUGCUACCAAGAUUUUGGAUUACAUUACAUGGACAAUAGUGACUUUGCUUAUUGGGGCGGUCUUGUGGCUCAUAAAGACUUUGCUACUAAAGAUUUUGGCUUCUUCAUUUCAUGUCAAUGCAUUUUUUGAUCGAAUUCAGGAAUCCGUCUUCCAUCAGUACAUUUUGCUUACGCUGUCUGGGCCGCCGGUAAUGGAUUCAGCUGGUAUGGUUAGCAGAACAAAUAGUAAUACCAGUCAGUUUAGCUUCCGAACAACAAAGGUUGGGAAAGAUGGAAAGGAAAAGGAAAAGAAAGAGGUGAUUGACAUGAAUAAGCUUCAUAUGAUGAAGCGAGAAAAGGUAUCUGCUUGGACCAUGAAAAUGUUAGUGGACGUGAUAUCUAAUUCAGGAUUGACUACCAUUUCAAGUGCACUGACUAGCAGUAUCUACGAUGGGGCAAAUGAGCAAUCAUCAGAGGAAGAAAUUACUAAUGAAGAGGAGGCGAUUGCAGCUGCAUAUCACAUCUUCAGAAAUGUUGCCCAGCCCGGUUGCAAGUACAUUGAUGAGUUGGAUUUGAGGAGAUUCAUGAUUAAAGAAGAGGUGGAUCUUGUCUUCCCAAUGAUAGAUGUGGCCGAGACUGGGCGUAUUGACAGAAAAGCUUUGACUGACUGGGUGGUGCAAGUUUACAAUGGUCGUAAAGCAUUGGGUCAUGCUUUGAAUGACACGAAAACAGCAGUGAAGCAACUGAACAAGCUCGUAACUGCAGUCUUGAUCAUUAUUAUGAUUAUAGUGUGGCUUCUCUUAUUGGAAAUUGCAACAACCAAAGUUCUUCUCUUUAUGUCAUCCCAGCUUGUAGUAGCUGCUUUUAUGUUUGGGAACACUUGCAAGACAAUAUUUGAAGCAAUUAUCUUUGUGUUUGUGAUGCACCCUUUUGAUGUUGGUGAUCGCUGUGUCGUUGAUGGUGUGCAGAUGAUAGUUGAAGAGAUGAAUAUCUUAACAACAGUGUUUCUUCGCUAUGACAAUGAGAAGAUAUUCUAUCCAAAUUCAGUUUUGGCUACCAAGCCAAUUAGCAAUUUUUAUAGAAGCCCCGACAUGGGUGAUUCAUUUGAAUUCUCCAUUGAUUUCAAGACUCCUCUAGAAUUAAUUGGUACUUUGAAAGAGAAGAUAAAGAUGUACUUAGAAAGUAAUCCAUCGUAUUGGCAUCCGAAUCACAAUGUGGUGGUAAAAGAGAUUGAGAAUGUGAACAAAAUCAAGAUGGCUCUCUUUUUCAAUCACACAAUGAACUUCCAGAACUUUGGGGAGAAAAACAGAAGAAGAUCCGAGCUGGUUCUGGAGAUGAAGAGAAUCUUUGAACAGCUGAACAUCAAGUAUGACCUGCUCCCACAAGAACAUUCCAUUUGGAAGGAAAAAGAAGAGAUUCCCUUGGGAAGAAAGGAGAAAUCAAUGGAUCCCAAGCCUAAAUCUUCCAAGAACAGUGGAGAAAUAAACAUGGUAGGUAACAAGAUAGCAUCUGAUGACGAAGUUAUUGUAGUGAUUUCUGAAGAUGAAAAAGAUCCAAAGAGGAUUCCAAAGCCUAAACUUGCUGUUGAUUCACCUGCGCGAGUAUCUAAUGAUUCUCCUAGAAGCACACCAAAAGCAAUGACAGUUACUUUUUCUUCCCCUGAUAAUACCAGGUUCAUUGGAAGCCCCCAUAAGCCACCCAGAAUUCCCAGAGCUGACAGCCUUACUAAGCGAAACACACUUGCAAGGUCUCUAUAUUCAAAACCCAAAUCCAGAUUUGGGGAACAACCUGUACCUGUUGAUGUUAGUGCAAUUGAUGAGGGGCAAGAACACGUGGAACUGAGUUCGAGUUCCCCUUACAGAAAUUUAUCUAACCAGGGUUCACCUAUCAAUAAAAUGAUCCCUAGUCGUACUAACACGUUGAAGGAGACUGUUAGGUCAGUACCUAUAACCCCUAAGACGCCGUUGAUGGGAACACCUAGUUUUGGAGGAGUGGAUGAGGAUGAAGAGAUCUAUAAGAAAGUAAGCAUUCGGAACAAACUGAGAUACAAUAGGAUCAAAGUACGAGUUUUUGUUGAGUGGUUUGUGUUUUUUUGUGUGUUGGGAUGUUUUAUAGCUAGCUUGAUUGUUCAUAGGUUGCAACAUUGGACAAUAUGGCGUCUGGAGAUCUGGAAGUGGUGUGCCCUUGUGAUGGUGACUGUCAGUGGCAUGUUGUUUACAAAAUGGCUUGUUAUCUUUGCCGUUUUGUUGAUUGAGUUGAACUUUUUGUUGAGAAAAAAGGUGCUGUAUUUUGUGCAUGCUUUGAAACAGAGUGUGCAAGUUUUUCUUUGGUUGAGUUUGGUUCUUGUUACUUGGGUUUUGCUAUUCAGAAAAGAUAUAGAACGAUCACCUCUUGCCACUAGGAUUUUAGAUUCCAUUACAUGGACGCUGGUAGCUCUGGUUAUUGGGACAGUCUUGUGGCUUAUAAAGACAUUGCUGCUGAAGAUUUUAGCUUCCUCUUUCCACGUCAACGCAUUUUUUGAUCGAAUCCAGGAAUCCGUAUUCCAUCAGUAUGUUUUAAUGACCCUAUCUGGAACUCCAGUUCUGGAUUCAGCUGGUAUGGUUAGCAGAACAAAUAGUACCCUUAGUCAAUUUAGUGUUCAGACCACCAAAGUAGGUAAAGAUGGAAAGGAAAAGAAGAUGAAACAGGUGAUAGAUAUGAAUAAGCUCCAUGAGAUGAAGCGAGAAAAGGUUUCUGCUUUUACCAUGAAAAUGUUAGUGGAUAUGAUAUCUAAUACAGGUCUGACAACCAUUUCGAGUACACUUGCUACUGAUGUCUAUGGCGGAGGACAUGAGCAGUCGGAUAAGGAAAUUAAUAAUGAAGAGGAAGCAAUUGCAGCUGCAUAUCACAUUUUCAAGAAUGUUGCUCAGCCUAGUAGCAAGUACAUUGAUGAAUAUGAUCUAAGGAGAUUCAUGAUUAAGGAAGAGGUGGAUCUUGUUUUCCCAAUGAUUGACGUGGCUGAGACUGGGCGUAUUAACCGGAAAACUUUGACUGAGUGGGUGGUGAAAGUUUACAACGGUCGUAAAGCACUGGGGCAUGCUCUGAAUGAUACAAAAUCUGUUGUUAGGCAACUGAACAAAAUCGUUUCAGUUGUCUUGAUUAUCAUCGUAAUUGUAGUGUGGCUUCUCUUAACGGAAAUAGCAACAACCAAAGUUAUUGUAUUCAUGUCGUCGCAGCUUGUGGUGCUGGCGUUUAUGUUUGGCAACACUUGCAAGACAAUGUUUGAAGCCAUUAUAUUUGUGUUUGUGAUGCAUCCUUUUGAUGUCGGGGAUCGCUGUGUUGUUGAUGGUGUUCAGAUGAUAGUUGAAGAGAUGAAUAUCUUUACGACAGUGUUUCUUCGAUAUGACAAUGAGAAGAUAUUCUAUCCGAAUUCAGUUUUGGCUACUAAGCCAAUUAGCAACUUCUACAGAAGCCCGGACAUGGGUGAUGAGUUCCUAUUCUGCAUUGAUUACAAAACACCACUCAAAUCAAUAGGGACUUUGAAAGAGAAGAUAAAGAAUUACUUGGAAAGUAAUCCAGCGUAUUGGCACCCGAAUCAUAAUGUGGUGGUGAAAGAGAUCGAGAAUGUGAACAAGAUCAAGAUGGCUCUUUAUUUCAAUCACACAAUGAACUUCCAAAACUUUCCAGAGAAGAACAGAAGAAGAUCCGAACUGAUCCUGGAGAUGAAGAAAAUUUUCGAUGAGCUGGAUAUCAAAUAUGAUCUGCUCCCACAAGAAGUUCAUCUUGUCGAGUUGAAGUCUAAAGCAAUGGCAACUGGAACAACCUGA